GAUACCUUCUCCUCAUAAAUCUACAAUUACUCCGGCGACCACUGUUCAACGGAGGACAUGUACGGUCGCGAUCUCUGAUUCUCGUAAGGAUCGGCAAUUCUGAAAGCUUCUGACUCUUCCUCUUGAAACAAUGUGGAACUUUUCGUCUGAGGACGAAUUCGAAAACUGAGCGAGCGGCUUAGAAUUACCGUUUCAGAGCUGACGUGAGCGAAUCGGAGAGCUCCAGCGCUUUUCGCGUCAUCAUUUUGGGGCUGUUCGAGCUCUUUGAUCUCCUCGCCCCUCGCGGAAUCAGAGCUCCUUAAAGGUUCUAAUUUCGCGCAACUGGUUCCGGUUGUGUUGCCGGUGUUCGGCGGCACACAAGUAUUUUGUCCGUUAAAGGAGGAGGAAGUGCCGGAGACCGAAUGAUCCGAAGUUGAAAUGAUGAAGCAGCACUUUCCUAAGCUUUUGCUUGGAGAGGAUAUGUCAAGUGGAGGGAAAGGAGUUUGUACCGGUCGUGCUUUCUCCAAUGCCAUACCAAGUCAUUCUGGUUAGUAUUAGUAUCUACAUUUCAAUUUUGUUGGAGUUCAAAUUUGUAGGUAAAAGUCCAAUUGAUUUGCAUCCAAUAAUACUGUCUAUUUCAUAUUAGCCUGUGCCUGUUGGAGGUGGAUGUAAGGUCUUUUUUUUUUUUCUUAUUCCGAUAUAUUUGUAUUUGGUAAAUUCUUAGCUGUUGUAUUUGGGGAGCUAUGGAAGUUGGAGCCAGUGGCACCACAAAAGUUGAUUUGGUGCUGGGAAAUGGACUAGCUUUUUUGUGUCAGUGACUCCAUGGUGGAGCUUAUUCUAUCAUCACAAAAAUUUCCAGGUGAAGGGAAUUUUAAGGUUAUGGUUACACAGCUGCGUGCAGAUCUACAUAUAAAUUUCCCGGCACUCAAGAAACUUGAUGCAAUGCUUCUCAGCAUUCUUGAUGGGUUUCUUGAUUCUGAGUUCUGUUAUGUUGACCUUGGAGUAGUUCUUGCUGAUUUUUAUGAGAGUGAAACAUCUUCUUCAUUUGGGAGGUCUUCAGUUAGACGGGAAGAGAAGUGGUGGUUGCCACUUUCUAAGGUUCCCCUUAAUGUUUUAUCUGAAGAUGUUUUCUCGGAGUGCAAGCGCGGACUGAAGGACUUCUGGUUUGGUGCAAUUACAUUGGCGCCGUCUGUGGGAAACGAACUGAAAGCUCGCCAACCCUCCAACAACCUUCCACCUCUGAUCCCACCUCAAAUCCCAACUCCACUUCCACCUCAGGUCCCAAUUGUGUUCCCUCCUGUUGAUCAUGCAGAAGGAGGAGAUGAAAACCAACCUCAUGCCUCAGCUCACAAUUCAACUUCCACUACCAACCAAGACGUAGUGACAGCUCAGCUUGCUGCCAUGCAGCAACAGUUCGGUGUUUUUCAGUUAGUACUGGUUCAGCUUUUAGCCAGAAACAAUCCUGGUGACCCCCUCAUUAAUUUACUGAACCCUACUCAACAACCCCUAGCUCCACAACAGAAUCCUCAACCGGUUCAACCUGCUCCCGCUAUUAGCGAAUCUCAGGGUCAAUCCCACAUAGCACCUGCUCAACAACCCAUCCCUGAUGAUGUUACUCGCCGCCUCGAUAGCUUGGAAAAGCUAGUAGCUGAACACCGAGGUGCUCCACCACCACACCAUGCUGCUGAUUCUAUACCUCACCCUCUGAAUACCAACAUUACACUGGAACCCUAUCGUGCUGGCUUCAAAAUACCACAACUGGAGACUUAUGACGGGACGAAGGAUCCCGAUGAUCAUUUGCAUGCUUUCUACUCUUACAUGCAAGCUCAAAAUGCCUCUGACGCGUUGAUGUGCAAGAUCUUCCCCUCUACUCUCCGAGGUAAUGCCCGAACUUGGUAUUACAGCUUACCUCCGAGGUUAAUUAGCUCUUAUACAGAAAUGGCAUCUGCCUUUGCCACUAAGUUUUCCAGUAGAAGGUUGAUUAGGAAAACUAUUUUUGAGCUGAUGCGAGUUAAACAGAGGGAUGGAGAAUCUCUGAAGAACUAUAUGAGCAGGUUCAAUGAUGCAGUUUUAGAGGUCAGUUCCUUUGAUCAAGCUGUGGGAAUUGAAGCUGUGAUCUUCGAUCUCAAGCAUGACAGGUUUAGAGACAGUUUGAUCAAACAUGCUGCCACCACCUUUAGCGAGGUGAAUGAUAGGUCUCUCAAAUUUAUAACUGCUGAGGAAUACGCCCUGGCACAAAACCUACCUUCCUCUAAGAACCAGAACCCAGAUUGGAGAGAUGAUAACCCAAGUAGGAAAAGGAUGAGGAUGGCGCAGAACCGAGGUUCGAUGUUGACCUCCCCAACGAGAGUCGGAAGGUCGAACUCAACGCCCCCGCAGCAAUCUACAGUUGUUACACCCCACAAUGAUCCUUUGGUCACUUCUGUCAUAAUUAACAACUGUGAAGUACAGCGUGUCCUUGUUGAUACCAAAAGUGCACCAGAUAUCAUGUACUUCCAUUGUUUCGAGAGUCUUGGGCUGGAUCUAGCGUUGUUGCAGAAAUAUGAUGGUCCUAUUUAUGGCUUCAACAACCAACCUGUUCCGGUGGAAGGAGUUUUUACCCUCCAUGUGGCUUUUGGGAGUGGCCGAACCUAUGUAACCCCUUCAGUCCGGUUCCUCGUAGUCAAAAUGGCGUCCUCUUUCAACAUUGUUAUUGGCCGACCCACACUGACUGAAAUCCGAGCUGUGGUUUCCCAGUCUCACCUCUGUAUGAAGUUCCCAACUCUUAUGGGAAUAGCAACAUUGCGAGGAAACCAGGAGGUGGCCAGACAUUGUUAUAUCACCUCAGUAACACAACCAACGAAGGGCAAAGAUCAGACACCAGAGGCCAUUCCCCAGCGAAUUCCUGAUAAUCAGCAAGUUAUGGAUAUGCCAGGAAUUCCAAAAUCAGUGUCUCAACAUAAGCUCAGCACCAAUUCAUUGAAGAAACCAGUGGCCCAGAAGCGGCGUCUCUUCGGGGGGGAGAGACUUCAGGCUAUUAAAGAGGAGGUAGAGAAACUUCUACAAGCUGGUUUCGUCAGGAAAGUUGAUUACUGCGAAUGGGUGGCUAACCCAGUCCUGGUGAAAAAGGCAAAUGGUAAAUGGCAAAUGUGUAUCAAUUACACAAAUCUUAACCAUGCCUGCCCUAAGGAUUGCUAUCCGAUGCCGAGCAUUGAUAGAUUAGUUGAAGCGGUUUCAGGCAAUGAGAGGUUAAGCCUCUUGGAUGCAUAUUCUGGGUAUCACCAGGUGCCGAUGGCUCCUGAAGAUGAAGAGAAAACCUCAUUCUAUGCUGGCGAUGAAAUUUAUUGCUAUGUCAUGAUGCUGUUUGGCUUAAGGAACGCUGGUGCUACUUAUCAGAAAAUGAUGACCAUCGUCUUCCGAGCUCAGAUCGGCAAGAAUCUAGAGGUGUAUGUCGAUGACAUCGUAGUAAAGAGCCGGAAAGCAGAAGACCAUCUAGCCGAUCUCGAUGAAACCUUCAACAACCUUAGAAAGAACAGGAUGCGGUUGAACCCAGCCAAAUGUAUUUUCGGCGUGGAGUCUGGAAAGUUUCUGGGUUUCAUGGUGUUCCGAAGAGGGAUUGAGGUUAAUCCAGAGAAAAUCAGAGCAAUUGCCGAGAUGGAACCGCCGAAAUCAGUAAAAGAUAUACAGAGGUUGACUGGAAGAGUGGCAGCCCUUCAUCGAUUCAUAUCGAAGUCAGCAGAUAAGUGCCUGCCAUUCUUCAAGAUCAUGAGGUUGGCCGCCCAGAAGGAUGAAUCAGGAAAACAGAAGAAAUUUGAAUGGAGUCAGGAGUGCCAGACUGCAUUCGACGAGCUGAAGUCUUAUCUUAACACGCCACCUCUACUGACUAAGGCCAUCGAUGGGGAAAUUCCUUAUUUCGUGCUGCACGGAACAGAGCUAAGGUACCCUAUAGCUGAGAAAGCAGCAUUAGCAGUUGUCACUUCGGCCAGGAAGUUGAGGCCAUAUUUCCAGUCACACCCAAUUAUUGUUCUCACAGAUCAACCUCUCAGGCAGAUUUUGAAGAAACCAGAGUGCUCCAGAAGAUUAAUUAAGUGGGCAGUAGAGCUAGGAGAGUUUGAGAUAACGUUUCAGCAGAGAUCGGCCAUCCGAGCCCAAGCAUUAGCAGAUUUCAUUGUUGAAUGUACUUCAUGUCUUUCAACCUCUAAUCCAGAGCCCAACGAUUGGACCUUAUAUGUUGAUGGAGCAUCUAGCAGAAAGGGUUCAGGGGCUGGCGCUCUCUGGAUUGGUCCAGAGGGAUACCGAAGUGAACUUGCCCUGAAGUUCAACUUUGAUGUGACAAAUAACAUGGCUGAGUAUGAAGCUCUACUACUUGGUUUGCAACUAGCAUUGGAGUUGAAAAUCAGUGCAAUUCAAGUGUACAGUGAUUCCCAACUGGUGGUAAACCAAAUCAACUAUAUCUGUGAAGUUGUUGAUCCUCUAAUGGUGAAGUAUGUAGCCUUGGUGGCCGAGCUGAAGUGCAAAUUCCAGAAAUUCUGUCUGAAGAUCUUAGAUGAACCAAGCUUCAUGAAGCCUCGGGUGAUGGAGAUUAGCACAAACCCAGACACGCCGAGCUGGACUGAUUCAAUCGUCUCCUUUUUGCGAGAUGGGAUAGUACCUAAAGAUAGGCAGGAGGCGAUGAAGUUGAGAAAGAAAGCAUCUCGGUAUACCCUCGUUGAUGGGGUCCUGUAUAAGAGAUCUUUCUCACUUCCUCUUUUAUGGUGUUUAAACCCCUAUGAAGCUGAAUAUGCACUUCGAGAUGUGCAUGAAGGUGUCUGUGGGAGCCAUGUCGGUGCUAGAACUCUGGCUCACAAAGUCUUAAGGCAAGGAUAUUACUGGCCAAACAUGCAUAAAGAUGCCACUUACUUUGUUCAGAAAUGCCCGAAAUGUCAAUUCUUCGCACAUCUAACUCACCAACCAGCAGAAGAACUCACGAACAUGGUAGCACCGUGGCCAUUUGCUCAGUGGGGAUUGGAUCUUUUAGGCCCAUUCGUGAAAGGGGUUGGUGGUGUAACCCAUCUGGUUGUUGGUGUGGAUUAUUUCACAAAAUGGGUAGAAGCUCGGCCUUUAUCUAGUCUUACCUCUAAGAAGGUCGAAGACUUUGUUUUCAGCUCGAUCAUCUGCAGAUAUGGGAUCCCGAAUCAGAUUGUGGCCGAUAAUGGAACCCAAUUCAAUUGCUCUUCAUUCUGAGAUUUAUGUUCCAGUUAUGGGAUCAAGUUACAGUUCACCUCCGUUUACCAUCCAGAGUCCAAUGGCAUGGUUGAAUUUGUUAACAAAUGCAUUUUAGAAGGGCGAAAUGGACAACUGCUUCGGGAAAACCUUGAUCUGCUUGCUGAAGUCAGAGAAGAAGCUCGGCUUCGAACUCUUGUAUACAAGCAGAAACUAGCCAACUUCUACAAUAAACGGGUCCACCCUCG